CCCUCGUCUUCAACCCCAGCCACUUUGUUGACGAGCAGUGGCGAUUUUGAAAUUGCCAUCACCGGAUACCUCGCCGGAGUAGCGCCGUGCUUGCAUCGGAUGAGCUUCACGUGGUGGGAUCACGUGUGGUACAAUACUUUAAGGAGCUGCUCGGUCUUUAUAAUUUCUUGUUUCACUAUCAUGGCUGCGACCAUCGAAGAUCAUUGACAAUUUAUUAUUUGCAAGAGACACAUACAUACUCGCAACGACUGAGAAUUCUUCUGCUUGCUUCAGGCCACGCAAAGCUUGUUGACGCAUUUGAACCACAGGGCCGAGCUUCACUGCGUCAAGGAGCAUUUUGUGGAAAGCUGGCUGGCCAUGAGAAUAAUGACACAGCAGGCCCUUCAUCUGGGGACCAAGAAGAGACAAGCACCGGGCUCCCGUUCAGUUGAAGAAGCCACGCGAUUCAACAUUUUCAAAGAGAUCUCGCCCGUCGACCCUAUUCGGAAACGUUUGUGCGGCACCUUUGCCAACAACCUGAACCUUCU